AUGAAAACAGCCACAAUCUUGGUCCUGGUGGCUUUGAUCACCAUGGAGAUGGGCAAGGCCUGUGCUCUGUCUUCUCACGGAGAAUUACAAAAACCUGGAGCUUGUCCCAAGGUGCCCCCAAGUACUGGUGGAACUUGCAAUGAGAGAUGCUCAGGAGAUGACUCAUGCCCUCGUAAAAUGAAGUGCUGCAGCAAUGGGUGUGGUCAUGUCUGCAUGAGGCCUGUCUUCAAACUGAGUAUAGUCCUGUGUCUUACUUUCCUUUGUCGUGACAGCUUGACCAAGAUUCCAGACAAUCUGGAAAGACUGACAUGA